AUGUUCCGCCGAGCCCGCCUCGCCGUGAAGCCCAAUGUGCGGCCCGUUGGGAGGGGUGUCGGCGGCGCGGCGGAAGCGGAGCCGCAGGGCUCCCCGGCGGCUUCUAGGGAUGAGGCUCCGGCUGCCGAAAGCCGGCGGGCCGACAGUGAUGAGAAGACUAACAGCUCAAGUGAUGCUGGAGAAGCCAGUAAACCUACAGACAUGCCUACACAGAGAAGAAAACGGAUUUCCACUAUGCCCAAUCUUGUCAAACCCAGAGCUGGACCUUCAUCUGAUCUGCACACUGCAUCAAAACCACAAAGGCGAGCAUCACAGGUUCCUGAUGGCAGUGCUUCGCUUCAGAAGGAUUCUCCUCCAUCAGAGACAAGUCAUGUUGAAAGCUCUUCAAAGUCUCCCAUGCUACCUGAAAAGAAAACACCUGUGCCACAAGUGCCACAGUUUUCCCCACUAAAAAAAUCAAUGAACAAAGAGCAAAGUGUAGCUGCUCAAAAAAAUGACGAUACCUUGAAGAACAUACCCUCCCCUCUUAAGGAGAGGCCAACACAGGAAACAUCAGUGGCACAGGAGGAAAAGCUACCUCCAAAACCAUCUCCUGUGAAAGAGAAACGAAUAUGUUCUGACCGUGAAAGGAUCCUCAAAGCUCGGAAGUUAAGAGAAAUGCUUAAAGAAGAGCUGAAGAAAGAACGGAUGAAACAACUGAAACACAGGCCUCCAAUAAUUGAAGGGUGUUCUCCGCCAGAUCGCACUAAAAUGACCAUGAGAGACUUGAUAUACUAUCUACCAGAAAACAAUCCCAUGAAGUCUUCGUUAGCAGAAGAAAAGAGAACAGAAAAAAGUUCUGCACUGCAUCAAAUGAAAGAACAGGAAGAAAAAAGUACUCCUGAUCAUGAAGAGGAAGAUGAUGAGGAGGCAGAGAAUGGGGAGGAAAGUCAGGAUGGUCCACUUCUAGUUCCUCGUGUGAAAGUAGCAGAAGAUGGUUCAAUUAUACUGGAUGAAGAGAGUUUAACUGUAGAAGUUCUGAGAACAAAAGGUCCCUGUGUUGUAGAAGAAAAUGAUCCCAUCUUUGAACGUGGUUCUACAACUACAUAUUCCAGCUUCAGGAAAAGCUUUUAUACCAAACCAUGGUCAAAUAAAGAAACAGACAUGUUCUUUUUAGCUAUCAGUAUGGUUGGAACAGACUUCUCCUUGAUUGGACGAUUGUUUCCUCACAGAGCCAGAGCAGAAAUUAAGAACAAGUUUAAACGUGAAGAAAAAGCAAAUGGAUGGAGGAUAGACAAAGCUUUCAAAGAAAAGCGGCCCUUUGAUUUUGAAUUGUUUGCCCAGCUUCUUGAGAAGGUCUUGGCAGAUGAGGAAAAGAGGAGGCAGAAGACUGUUAAGAGCCAGAAGCCGAAGGAAAAGAAGCCACUGAGGCCUAAGAAGAAGACAAAAGCAAAAGUUGCCAACACAGAAACUGCAGAUAACCAAGAUGAUCUUCAGGAAGCCAGAAUUUCUGAUGCAGAAACAGAAGCAGAUACUGUGACAGCUGAGAAGGAGAAUAAGGAAUCGCUGGGGGCUGCUGAAGAGGCAGAAGAACAAGUUUCAUUAGAGGCAGCGUUGGUGAAUAAAAAAAGAAAAAGGAAGAGAAAAGAUGAUCCUGAACAGGAAGUGGAAAAUCAUCCAGAAGGGUUGGCUGUCCCUUCGGAAAUCCCUGAGGAAGGGAAAUCAUCUAAGAAAACAGGAAAAAAAAUGGUCAAUGAUACAAACGCUACUGGUCAUACUGUCUGCAGAGAAGACCUGGGCAGUGUUAUUGAAGAACAAGAUGAUCUACCUGCUAAGGAGGAGGAGAGAUCACUCUCCUUUUUAUCAGUGGACAUAACAGAGAGAGAAAGUGAUUUCAACUUACACAGCUUUCAAGAUAGCAAUGAUGUUAAACUAGCAUCAGAAGCUAGUAAACUAGGAAGCCCGGAUAUCACAGGUGAUACAUCACAGGAAAUUCAGCUUUCAGAGCGUCCAGUUUCAAGAACUAGAAGCAAAGACAGACAACUUGGAGAAGCUAGAGAAACAACAAAUGCAGACACAUGUGGUUUACAUAAACCAGAGGAAAAGCAGAAUGCAUCAGAAAGAGAUUCUCAGUCUCAACUAAUGAAAACUGAAAAGCCAGCAGAGAGGAGGCGCUUGCAAAAACCUAAACCCAAUAUAAUGAAGUUAUCUGGUAAGAAAGAAGCAGUAAACCAUGAGAAAAUGGAGGCUGAGACUUCCUCUCCAAAACUUGUGAACACUACUGAAAAGUGCUCUGAGGAAGACAGUGGCGGAAACAGAAGUGAAAUCACAGAAGCAGAAAGCAUGGAUUUGGGUACUCCUUCUGAAGAGCCUGAGAAAACUGUGUUUGCAGUAGCAAGAAUUAGAGGAAAUCGACAGAGAUUUAAGCCUAAUCUUACAAGGGCAUCUGGAAGAAAAGAGCAUGAAAACAACACAGAAAAUGAUAAGAUGUCCCAUCCAGAGUCUAAGGAAGAAACUGAAAAGAAUACUGACCGAAACACUAAGUUUGACGUUACCAGUGGAGAGGCUGCAGAAAAAGAUGAUAAAGUCUUGGAGAUGGUGUCUCAGUCUAAUGAAACAGCUGGUUCACAAGAAGACAGCAAAAAGAGUGUGCUGAAACCAGCACCUUUGAAAAGAGGCCGAGUGCAGAAACCAAAACCAAAUCUAGGAAGAUCUGUUGCAUGGAAAAAAGACCACAGACAUGAAAAAGAUCCUGAAGAGAAGGUUGAAGGUGGAGAAGCAGAAGGACAUGCAAUACACCAGGUGAAUGAAAGCAAUGGUUCAUGCUGCAAAAAUGAUAUGGUUGGUGCUCCCAAGAAAAGUCCACAGAAGCUAAAAGCUGUGGAAAAUGACAAAGGACCUUCAGAUGUCUUGAAAGAUGUUUCAGAUUUCAAUACAGGGGAGUCUGGUCCUGAGAACCAAGAGGACAAAACUGUUAUUUCUUCAGUUCAGUUACUGAGGAGUCGGUUCCAUAGACCAAAGCCCAAUUUCAGAACAACUAGUAGAAAAGAAGUGAUGGAUAUAAAUAAAGGUGUAUCACAAGAGGAUGCCAACAAGAAAGAAAGUUUGAUGCAGAGCAGUCAUGAAUGUUGCAUCCUUCUUGAUACAAAUAAAGCAGAAAACUGUGAUGUUCUGCAGUCAUUGGAAUCCUUAGGAAAAGAAAAGUCAGUUGGUCCUCAGGAUGCUUCUGAGAGCUCAAGCUUUAAGCCCCCAGACACACUUUCCGAAUCAGAGUAUGGCAAAUUGGAGGCUUGUCCACCUGUAAAUAACCAAAAUGACACCUCAAGUAUUAAUGCUGGCAUCGAUGGAACAAUCACAACUCAAGGUGAAGGUGAACAAGCACCUCUUCAACCUGUCCAAUUAGUGAGGAGUGGAUUCCAGAAGUACAAGCCCAACUUGGGAAAAGGUUUUAGAAGAAAAGAAUUGCAAAUACCAGAAAAUAAUGAGGGUAAAAAAUUUGAAGCAGACAACUUGGAAGUGCAAAAAACUGAGUCUGCUCAUCGUGUGUCUGCCAUUGGCAAAAAUGAAGCGGCACUGCAAGAAGGAAAUGUGCUGAGCAAUGAGGAACAGGCACAGGAAGAGGUGCCUCGGGUCCCCUGUAUUUCUGAAAACCUACUGUGUGAACAAAUCAGGUCUAAUGAAAAAUUAAGUUCUGGAGAAGAGAGUAAUCAAUGUGAUACAAAACCUUCACAGCAAGCAAGGGUAUCUGUCAGGAACCCAAAGCCAAACCUAACAAGAGCUCAUAGAAAAAGGGGUCAUUCUGAAGAAGAUAGAAACAGGAGAGAUGAAGACAGUGCUGAGACUAGAAAUACAGAAGAGCAUUUGUUAGAAAAAACAGGUGUAUCAGUGGAAAACUCCAGUAACACAGAAGAAGCAGCUUCCUUCACAGAGUCUACAAGAAAACAUGAUUUUACAGACUCUGUUGAGAAACCAUCCUAUAAAAGAAUCAGGCAGAAUAGUCUUCAGUCUCCAGAGAUACCAUUAGAGAACGAGAGUCAAGUAGAACAAGAAGAUUCUCAGCUUUCUGCACCUCAGCAAAAAAAAUCAGACGAUCAGAUGAGACAAUAUAGGAGGUCAUCAAAACAGACAGCAUUACCAAAACAUGGAUUGGAGCUAAGAACUGGUUCAUCUUCUGCCUCUGAAUGUGAGGCUGAUCCCUGUGAGACGGGGAAUCAAAGACAAGAAUUGAAAUCAAGUUUUACUAGAAACAAAAGCAUGAGAACUGCCCACAGAAAGAAACCUGUGAAGGAGCAGAGAAGUUCAAAAACAAGCAGCCUGGUGACCCUCCGGGCUUCUCAAGAAGAUGAGGAGGAAGCAAAUGACUUUGAGCCUGAUGAUGAAGAUGAAUGUUUUGCUCUAGAGGAAGUGAACAAAGCACCAGUGUUUGUUCCUGUAGGUCUGAGAUCUCCUAAGCCUAUUCCUGUUCAGAUAGAGGAAACGAUGGAAGAGCUGGAUAUAUCUGUGAAUAUCCCAGAUGUGCCAGUGGCUACUAAUGCAGAAGGUCUUUCUCAUGUAUCUGUCCAGCCAGUCAUACAGGAGGAGGAAAAAGGAAACACCUUACCAGCUGAAGCAACUGCGCAUGAAAGUCCAGAAGCAGACAAAGGAAUUAGUGAUGGAAGCACUGAAGCUGCCAUGACUUUACUUGCAAUGGGUGAUCCAACGUUCCAGUUAAAAGCAAGCACUGAAGAAUGGACAUGCAUGUUACCUGCACAAGAUGAACUCAACGUGGCCAAAAGCCUUGUGAGCCAGGACGACUCAGAUCAAAGCAGAGCUCCUAAUCACUAUGUCGUUUCUUCAGCGACUUCUGACAAUGUCCCUUGCAAGGAUGGAAGCAACAUUAAAGUAGAAGACCGAAGCACUGGUGCAGGAACAGGUGUUGAAGAAUAUUCUGAGAAAAAUGAAACAGAUGCCAGCAAUAACUCUCUGCCUAUGGUGAAUAGUAUGAGACUGAGAAGAGGCAGUCUCCAGAAGUCAAAUACAGGAGUACUGAAGUCUAAUGAAAGUAUAAUUCAGAAACCUCUUAAUACAAAUGUAGUUAUGGAGCAGUUAGACAGCAUUCAAAGUGAGUCCAUGGACUCGAGAGUUACUGCAGAAACACAGAAGGUGGAACAGGUCAGAGCUGGACCAACUUCAAGGGAUACUUCUGUGCUGCAGAACUUUGCAACUGGUAUGGAUCUCGUCAAGCAAAUGGACAACAAAGGGAGAACACAGAAAGAGAUGAAAGAUGCUUGUGGAACUUCUGGGAACUUGUCAGCAGAAUGUGAGAAAUCUCACGUUGGACUACAGGAUUAUCUGGAUGAAAGUUCUGUGGACAGACCAGCUGUUCAAAAUCCUGGUCCUGCCAAGGACAGUCAAUGUACAGGCAGCUUUGCUCAGAAUGAAACACGUGCUCAGGAUUGUGAACAGGAACAUAUAAGCAGUGCAGCAGAGACUUCAGUGAAUGAUGACCAUAGAUGUCCAGAGGAAGAAGAACAGACAUUCAUUUUAACAUUGGUGGAAAUCCUUGCUGACUCAGAAGAGUUCGAUACAUCUGCUUUGCAGGAACAAACUUCAGAGCCAUUACUGCCAGCACCGAUACUUAUCAGCCCAGUGAAAUCAAGUGCAACCAGGUUGGCUGAAGUGGAGAGCAUUGGAUCGUCAACAGCUGAGGCUGAUGAACGUGGUGAAUAUUCAAACAGCAGCGCGGAAACCAAACAACAGAGUGCUUCAGUAGAGCCUGCUCCAAGUUUGGUGCAGACAGCUCAAAAAAGGUCAGCUGCUGAGCCUGCAGAAGAUGUUUUUCCUGUUGUCAAGAAAACCGUAUCUACUCUGAUGGAGAGUAACAUGGAAGACCCUUGUGAGGGGUAUUCAAGUAAAUCCACAAAUACUCAAACAAGAACUUCUGGUAAUCCUUUUCAAAAACCAGGGGCUUCAGCAAAGAAAAAUGUGGUUACUUCUGCCUCGCUGUCUGAGUCUGUUUCACCAGUAGAUGAGAGAAGCCAGUGUGAAACUUCAGAGAAAGCAUCAUUUCACAAUUUAGCAUCCAGUCAAGAGGAGGUGACAUGUAGGUUAACCUCCAGCAGAACAGAAAUAAGUGAACAAGGAAAACUGGGAGAUAAACAUGAAGCAAACAUGAAGCAGUUGGAAUGUACUGAAAGUCUAACAGAAUCUUCAAAGACUCCAUUACUCAGAAAAAGUAGUUCUGAAUCUGCAGAAGAAAUUCAAAGGAAGAGAGGAAAGAUCCCAAACCCACAGACUGGGACCACAAAGCAAAGUCUGAAAAAAACAACUCCAUCUAAUAAGGAUGAUAGGGAAUCUUGUUCCUUUCCCUCCAGAAGCACAUCAUCAUUUGCGGAGCAUCACAGCGUAACUGCUGAUACUGUAGUUACGGCUCCACAUAAUGAGCCAUCCAAGAAGCCUCCCCAGUGUGCUGAAGAUCAAGAGAAGGAAGAGGAGCCAACCAAAAUCUCAGAGUAUUUUUUCAGUGACAUCUUCAUGGAAGUAGAUGACCCAGAAUAGCAAAGUGGCUUUCUAAAAAUGGUGGGAUCUUAGUACAACUAAAUAAGAAGUCAUUAUUUUUUAGGAAAACAUUACUUGUUUUAAUAUUAGUUAUGCCAAGUUUAGCAUCAGUUACUGUUAGUAACUUCCAUAAGGAUGGAAUCAUUUUCUUCUAAAUGGAUGCUUUCAAAAGGUUGACAUAAGCUAAACCACUUUGUCGGUAUCAUUGGACCAGAACAGUGGCUGUGGGAUUCAUUUUCACUUGUUUGGAUUUUGGUAAUGGGUGCAUGAUUGUCUUCCAGAAAAGUGCAAUGCAAAAUAUGCUUAUUCUUGUGACAAACUAUUCCUUUGAAUUUAAUGCUAAAGACUGUGAUACUGAUUAUACAAGUUUUUUACUUCUUUUUGUGAAGUAUGCUGUAUUAGUAUGUUAGGAGGGAAAACCUUUUAUUUACAGUGUAUUCUCUGUAGAUCAGGAUGCAAAUACUGAAAGUACCAUCAUAAGUUCUGUUCAACACUGCAGGUAUUUUUAUUAGCACCUCCAAAUUAUGUAUUUUUGUAUUUAAGAUGUCUUACAUAAGGCUUAAAAGACCCUAGCCUGAAAAGCCAAAUGACUUUAGCUGCUUUAAAAUGCAUAGAGGAAAAACCUGAAAAACAUUUAAUUUACACAGUGAUAACCUUUGGAACCGUCCUAUUGGAACGAGAGGAAGAGUUUAAUGUUUCUCAGUAUAAAUGCCAGUUUCCUUGUGUUGUGAUUUAACCCAGCAGGCAGCUAAGCACCACACAAGGUGGGAUGAGGAGAAUAGAAGUCGUGGGAUGAGGUAAAAACUCUUUACUAAGAUAGAAAAGUGAAGACAAACAUGCGCUAGAAGAUAAAUAUCUCCACAGUGCAACUACUCACCAGCCAACACCCAGCUAACAAUACAGCUGCCUGCUGACUGAUGCCCUGCUGGCAACUCAAGGUCUCAGUACCUGCCGACUGAUGCCCUGCAAACUACAAUCAGUGGCCCCUCCCCAGAUCUUUACAGCUUCUGCACGAUGUCAUGUGGUGUGGAGUAAACCCCUGGCUUCAUUCAGGCCAGCUGUCCUGGCUUCGUCCUGUGUGGUGUCUCUUCCCCACUGAGCCCUGGGAUUGCACACAUCUCUCAGCAAGAACCAUAGCUGUGCUAUCAACAUCGUCUCAGCUGGAACCAGGACAUCUUCUAAAUUUGAAAACAAAGGGGUUAGAUGGUGUUUCUUCUUGUUUCUGCAUGUAGGUGUAUAUGUCUGUAGUGAUGUCCUUUGUUGCAUUUAUUCAAAGCAGCACCAACAACUGGACUUAAACGACAGUGAGGAUGCUUUAAGGAUUUGCUACUUGGAAGCAGUUGUAUUUGAACAUUUUCCUCAUGUUCCACGUCUGCUUGUACUGAAACUCACCAUAAAAGUUUGGUGCAGCUUGAGAUUUUAGCUUUUUUUUUUUUUCUUGUGUAGGAAAAUUGUCUUGUUAAAAUACAAAAGUUCUUUUGAGUUUUCACAGGUAGCCACUGAGAGGUCAAGUAAUUCUUAAAUGUUAUUACACAAAAAAAGAGCAUGUAGAUGUAAGUAGUCCAGCUAUUUCUCCUGGGAAUUAUUAACAGCAAAUAUUUUUGCAAAAGAAAUUGUUAUAAUAGAGAAGUUUGAAUUGUAUUGUGCUCUGCAGAAACCCAUCUUCACCUUGGGGCUGGGUAAUAAUUUACUUGCAAAUGUUCUCAUGUAAUCAUUUACUGAAUUUUGAAAUACUUUGAGAAUGUUUGGCAGUGCUUAUGAAUGAACAUUUAAAACUUUGUCAAUAAUGAAAAAUACACAGAAAAACUACUGCUAUUGCAAGUUGCUGUAUUAGGAGACCUCUGUCAACCACAUUGCCCAGAGAGGCUGUGGAUGCCCCAUCCAUCCCUGGAGGUGUUUAAGGCCAGGUUGGAUGGGGCCCUGCUCA